AACGUUGAACUGAUGAUUGACGAGAUUGGCAACCUAAACUCAAUGUUGUUUCAACGUCAGCAGAGUAACGUCACUAACAAUUUGCAUUUCCAAUCCUCACUUUUUCAACGUCUAUCCAACGUCUGGGAGGUGAUGUCCAACGUUAAUUCAACGUUGAAUCAACGUCAUUUCGCCCAUUAGAGCUGGGUUUCUCCGUCUUCCUUAACAAGUUCCCUUUCUUGUGUAUACGGUGAACAAGUCUUCCCUGACAAGUUUCGCUUGAUAAGUUUUGUCAGUGUGCACGGAAUAUUGUUAAAUAUUUAUCACCCGUCAAGGCCGCUUUUGUUUGCCAAAACCGUUCUUGGCGACCACACACCCACGAACAAAUUUUCCUUGUCCAAAAGCCGGCAUGAUUAGCUUUGGAACAAGGUUCCUGGCAAGAAAAACUUGUCAAUUUUUGGCCGUACAAACGAGCGAAUAAAACUUAUUAAGGAAAUCUUGCUCGUGUGAUGGGGCGUAAUUUAGAUGAUCGCUCUUGUGCAAAGUGUGCCUUUUAAAGAGUCUUUGUUUUCGAAUUAAAGUGCCUUUGAAAGAGUCUUUGUUUUUGAAACAGCAAACUUCGACAUUUCAUUGCUUGUUUCAUAACCAUAUUGUUUUAUAAAUCUUAAGUUGUUUGAUCUUGUUUAGGUAUUGAAAUUGAGCAAAUGGGAAUUACUGCAGGCAGAGUUCCAAAAAGUAUAUCGAUGCACAUACAGUAAUUUUGAAAUACCCGUGCCACAAAUUUUGUUUCGAUGCCAAAAUAGAAAAAAAUACUUCCCUUGUCUGCGUUGUCUUCAGCUUUCUUUCUACCUAUAUUAGGGCCUGUGCAUAUAUGAACCCAGUUUGCCAGGAAGCUUACGUAAGUGCAUGUAUGAAUUAUUUCUGUGCCAGUUUAUAUAUAACUUUUUUAUCCCACCUAAUAUAUUCCGCCCCGGUGGGACGACAAUAUGUAAACAUGCAUGUAACUAUAAACAAACUGCUCUUUGUAUAUACGACUUUAAUAAUGUCUGUUUAGGUCUAUUAUUGUUUAUUUUUUGUUGUAUUUUCCAACUAGGCCGCGUUCAAUACUACAGUAUAUUAUAGGUCAAAAUCGGCAAAAAUGGGUGGGAUAGAGGCCUCAUCUAGAUCUGGAAAAUUUUAUCCCACUUGAUUGAGAUCCCACCUAGCGCAAGGUGAGGUCUCCCCUAUAGCAGGGCUGGCUCGUGUCUCAUAUUGAAUUUUAGACAUAUACAGAUCUCACUCAAGCGAGUUUCCAGAUUAGGUGGGCUCAUAUGAACAGGCCCUAAGUACCUCUUCGCGAUUUUCAUUGUUAUUCCAAACUGAAGAAAACGGACUUCCUUUUUCUAGAUCUGGGGGAUUAUUUAGAUCCCUUCAAUGCCUAAUAUGUAAUUUCGGAAGUGUUGUGAAGGGGCCCUCACAAUCGAUAUUGUAUUAUAGUAUAAUAAUCAAUGCGUGGUAUAGUUGCAGAGUGCAGAAAUUAUAAAAGAUCGGUGGUCGCAGUGAAUUUCCAUCACAUUUUGUUUUCUGGUUAAACUGUGUACUUGUCCUGAUUUGGAGACCAAAAACUUCACGUAUACAAUAGGUAAGUGCAGCACUAUACAAUUUUAUUUCUAUUCUCCUGUCAUUGCCAUGCAGUUAAUAGUCUCACCAAGUUUGUAAGCUUGGAAUACGAUAUGAGUAAAGAUUGUCCUCAAGCUUACUCAGAAAUACUUCAUGAGUCUCCGAGAGGGGUCGAACCCUCGACCUUCUUAGUUUCUAAAUAAGAAACUAUAAGGGGCUGAUCACAUGGAGAAGUUUGAAUUUUUGGGUUGAAUUUUUAAAUUUCAGCUAAAACAUGGGUGAAUUAUCAGCCUGAGCUGAAACGAUCAAGUCAUAAAUGUUCUUUGAAGAAUUUACUAGCUAUUACCUGAUUUGUGCGAGACUGUUGUGAUAUGAUCUAAACAUAGUACAGUCCGAUCCCCGCUCCGGGACUCACAAGUAUUUUCUGAGUAAUAAAAAUUGUCAUGAAAAUUACUUAUCAUUCUCCUGUCAUAUUUUUCACUGAGAUGCAGGCUGCAUGGUACGUACGUUGUCACCGAAUGAUCAACCUUUUAACUUAAUUUCGAUUCAUUGUAUAUAGAUAUGAAGCUGCUGUUGGUUUGUUUGUGUGCAAUGUUUGAAUUGGUAAGCAUAAUAUGAUAUGCCUAAACGUAGGGCCUGUGGUUCAAACGAGUGCGAUUUUACACAAAUGUGUAAAAAUUCACACAAAAUCCUUCUACAAUUUGUUAUAUCGAGUGUAGAUGCCAAAAAUGCAAAAUAAUAAAUUAUUUCUGUGUUCAUAUUACUUUUUUAUUCCAGAUAAUACCCCCCCCCCCCCUCGGCGGGAGAACAUUAUGUAAUACAAGGCCAUCGAAAUUAUUGGGGAGGGAUGACUGGGGGGACUUGAGCCCCCCCCCCAAUAAUUUCCAUUUGUAUAAGCAAAACACACUAGAAAAGUGCGAAAGCAAUACAGAUUUAUUCAGGUUUAUUCUUGAGCCCCCCAAUAUUGAUUUACUUCCGACGGCCUUGUGUAAACAUGGCGUUUUCCAAAUAUUUUUUGUUGUAAGUAAACGAUAAACGAACUUGUAUUGCGACCUUCGAUGUCUGUUUAAUUAAGGCAUGUUUUAUACGUCGAAUUUUGGUCGUGUCGAAUGCAAUGAAGACGAUAAACCUCAUUAUUUUUCAUUAUCUAUCGUUUGAAUUGCAUUCGACGCGACCGAAAUUCGACGUAUAGGGUAGCAAAGUAAUUGUAGUUCGCUACUGUAGCGAAUUAUACCAAUUUUUCACAUAGGGAGUACUUUUUAAAACAAUAGUUCUAGCUGCAGCGCGAACUACAUUUUUUCGGUAUAGCAAGCAUAGUUGAUUAAUUUUUAAGGAACAAUUAACCGCCGUAUUUGGUACUUUAUUUCAGUGUACGAUUACGUUUAGGACGGACCAUUAGAAAAGUGUGGGGGGGGGGGGGCAGAAAAAAUGCAUACAAGCAUGAAAGGUAAAAAAUAGAAAGUAUGCAACAGGAACGUCACAAAACUAAAUUGUAGCAUAUCCAUAAAAUAUUACAAACAUGAUUGACAACCUGAAGAAUUUUUUUUUUCAGCUUUAUUAGGAACUUAAUAUAUUACAUUAAUAAGGUACAAAUACAACAAACAUGCAGUUCCUAAACGGGAAAAUAGCGAACGGGCCAUAAUAGCCCAUGCGAGGCUACCUCCCGAUUUGACUUCUGUCGACAUUUACAAAUUUACAUAAAAUUAAAAAUUUAAAAUCGUUGAAAGCACGUUUACACACAUUCAGGCCAAAGUGAUAGGACCUAUGUUAAAAUAAUUCUUGAAAUAAUUCUAAAUUGCAAACAUGAAAAAAAUACACCCCCCCCGCUUUCACUUUUCAAAUGGUCCGUCCAUUAGUACACACCUUAAAUGUCCGAUUUAGGAAUCAAACAGUACGGCACAUACAUACCUUAUUCUAAUACGCUAGCCUCAACAAGUGGCAGCUGGUUUUACACGAGGGUUUGGAUUUACAAUACAAAACAUGUUAGGAACAUACUCUCUAGAUGACACUACAAGAAGACAAAAUAUAAAAAUAAACAAGCCGGCUUCAACUCAUCGUUUGUUUCAGAAUCGUUCUAAAGGAGCUUAUGGAUGCAGUAUUUUUUACUUCAUAAGAAAAACUGUUCUAAAUGGCUAUGAAGAUUGAAACCACAAAGUAAAAUUAAUGAGAAUAAACACUGCAUAAAUCUUACCGACUAUAAAACUUGAUCUUAUAUUUCUUGACAUUCGCAAAUUACAUGUGAGUUUCUUUGCGUCCUGCAUCCUUUGACACGCUUGAAUACUUUUUCACUGUUUGUAUAUACUUUCAGCAAAGCCAAAGCUCAAAAGACCAGCUUAAAUUUCACUCCAAAUAUUAAAACUAUUAAAACUACAAGCUUCUCCAACAAGCCUUCCCGUCUUCGACUGCAUGGUAAUUAAUGACGAUUAAUUAAUAUUUCGCACUAAAUUAAUAAAUUAUUUGCAUAUAUUCGUUUUUUUUACUUUAAUUUACGACGCACGAAAGACUUUCUUUUGUCUGGAUUCAAUGUACAGGGUGUCUGAAAAGAGAAAAGGAGAUUCUUUAGAAAUUAAUGCCCAGCAUAAAACACGUAAAAGAGCCAUAACAAAAAUAUAAUUUAAAAUAUUUAUUUGAGCAAUGACAUACAAAGCGGAAAACACGGAAAUAUGAAUAAAUUACAACUAUUUACAAGAUAUUAUAUUACAAAAGUAGAAAGAGGAAUGGAUCAGAGUAGAAGUAGAGGGACCGAGCUGCCCUGUAAGUUGAGAAGUUGUAAGUUGUAAGUUCGCACCCAAAUCUCCCGUCUUUGUUCCUCGACCUUUCCCCAUCUUAAUAUUAGAUUCGUUUUUCGUCCAACUUUACGUUUGUCUCAAUACUCUUCACCUUUAAGGACAAAAUUCCUAACGCUUUAAGAUCUUGUGUUGUGUAUUCCUUCACGUGUUGUUGCUGUUCCGCAACGUAUUUGGGCCAAACGGUCCGUCACUUGCACACACAAGUUUCUGAACAUUUGGGUGUUUCUCCUCUAACAAGCAGUAAAAGCAGCAAUCCGACCAUGUCUAGUAUCCUUUCCCAUCUUGAUAGCACUCGUCACUCCGCCUCUCUUAAUGAUUUUAAGAUUAUUUCUUGUUGCUCUUCUCCAGACGAACUCCUCAUUCGAGAAAGUCUUCUCAUUAACAAACUCAAACCCUCUCUCAACUUACAGGGCAGCUCGGUCCCUCUAUUUCUACUCUGAAUGAUCCAUUCCUCUUUCUACUUUUGUAAUAUAAUAUCUUGUAAAUAGUUGUAAUUUAUUCAUAUUUCCGUGUUUUCCGCUUUGUAUGUCAUUGCUCUGAAAAUGUCUUAAGUUAAAGACGAAACGUUAGCUUUCAAAUAAAUAUUUUAAAUUAUAUUUUUGUUAUGGCUCUUUUAUACGUGUUUUAUGCUGGGCAUUAAUAUUUAUCCUAAGAUUACGAUUUCCGCCUGGUUCAUCUAUCGCAAGUCUUUAGAAAUUAUCCUAUUGUCAUAAUUUGAAUUCCAGAGCAUUAUAUGCUGAACGCACGGAUUUGUAAAAUAUUGACAGAGCAUAUGGUUUCAUUUUAACAACUUUUUUAUCUUUCCAAUUUAGGCGUUUGCCAAUGUGGUGAAUCUUGAAUUUAAAAGGACUGCUGAGGUAUGAUCUCAAAAAGUACUGAAUGGUUCAUUUUAUAUUGAUAUAUAAGUAUAAUAUAUUAACACUUUAUUGUUUGGUCUAUUUUCAAUAUAAAUAAGUUACAAAACACGAAAGAUGACCAUAGGCUUAUGUCCUAGUUUAAAUACCCACACGCGAACAAGUUGUUGACAAUUAAGUCUGAACAAGUUGUUAUUAUCUUCUUGUAAAAAGGUUGACGAGGCCAACAGACUCACAACAAGUUGAGAUUGUUUCAACAAGUCUUUACUGCCUGCACGUAACAAGUUGUUAACAAGUUGAUGGCCUGGGGCCGGUUGUAUAAAACUCUUAACUACAUUUUAACUACCCGUUUCGUAGUUAAAUGGUAGUUAACUCUAAAAUACGCAAUUCUGAUUGGUUAACUUUCACACUAACUAUAGUUAACUUUAACUACGUUUUUAUACAACCGGCCCCUGUAUAUGAAACUUGUUGGAACCACUUGUAGCAAGUCUGUUACCGUCGUGUACUUAGCUUGUGUAACAAGGUGAUAACAACAUGUUUCAGACUUGUCACAACAACUGGGAACAAGCAGUGAAACACAUUCUGAUAUCGGCUUGACAACAACCUUGUUACGAACAACUUGUGUGCAAAUCUGUAUCAACUUGUGGGUUUUUACGCGUGUACCCAUAUAUAAACGCUGCAUACAUUUAGUCCGAAAUGCAUGCAUGCAUGAACCUCAUUUGAGGUUUGCACAUGUACAGGGUGUCUCAAAAAAACCGCUAUGGAAAUUCAACAGGCUGUCGUGCAUAAUAAACGUGGCUAAACAAUUAAAUUUUUACAUAAGACGAAAGAACAGUUAUUUAGAUUUUCAAUUUUUAAAUCGUAACGAUGCGAAAUGGCCACAUACUCGUCAAAUAAAAAUUGCCGGUCGAAAUCACAUUCUUCCACCGUUGGAAAUUGCAUGGAAAACGAACCAUAGACAAUUCCCAAGAGGGAAUUGAAUGUUAAAUUAUCUAAAAAGAGCUCAACUCGUCGAUCUUCGACAUCUUCGUCUUAGUGAGACAAUAACUCAAUAAGAACGUCCAUAAAACAUGGCUCAAUUAACCCCUGAGCAGAGAAGAUUCGUAAUCAAAACAUUUUACGAAACAAAUAGCGUGCAGGUUAGGCUACUUGCAGCAGGCUCGCGUUGCUUUUGGAUUGACUAACUUUGCAUAAUUAAUGUAUUCCCAAUUUCCAACAGUGGAAGAAUGUGAUUUCGACCGGCAACUUUUAUUUGAUGAGUAUAUUUCUCAUCGUUACGAUUUUAAAAAGGUAUCAUGCAUAGAGAAGCUAAAUAACAGAUCUUUCGUCCUAUGUAAAAAUUGAAUUGUUUAGCUAAGUUUAUGAUGCACGACAGCCUGUUGAAUUUUCAUAGCGUUUUUUUUUUAUACACCCUGUGUAAUAAAACACAUGUAAAAAUUUACUUUUAUUCCUUGCGUAAAGAUAGACAUGUUCGACGAUAUAUAUUUAUUUCUUUUUGUUGAAAAUACUUUUAUAGACUGGAAGCAUGAACCGUUUUGAGACAACCGAUUUGGCAAGCAAUGAUGAAGCUCACGAAAAACGUUUUGUUGUCCCGAAUGGCUGUGGGGAUACAUGUAAGCUACGAUUACUUAAAUUUUUUUCGUGGCCAACAGAACUGUGACCACCAAUAAAUCCACUAUGGUAUUUUUGACAUGAUAGAAGACGUUCUUACAAUUUCUAUAGUUAUCGGUUGGAAAUGAUAAACAUUGUUGAAUAGAAAGUUAUUAACAGUGGCCUCUCUUCCCUCCUUGAAUUCAGUUGCCAGUGAAUAAGUAAAUAACUAUUAUACAGGGUGUCCCAAAAAAACGAAAACUAUUGAAAUCACCAAUAACAAUUUAAUUGUUAGAAUUUGAAUGCCUUAGCACUCUGUUGGUUCCCACAAGUGCAUAAAUGAUUGACAUACGUAAAUUUUAUGCAUAAAGAACUGCUUAAGAAGCUGUUUUUAAAUCCCAGGAGCAGAAAAUCGCGCACUUUACCAGGAGAUAUUCCUAACUAAAUUCUAAUGCAUGCACCUUGUCAAUAUUUUACACAUCAUUACGUCCAGCUGUUUGGUAGGGCAUUCAAAUUUAACAAUAAGUGAUUUCAAUAGUUUUCGUUUUUUUUGGGACACCCUGUAUAAUAACUACAGUGAAACACGCAAUUUUAUUGGUCAACAGCCGUGCAGGAUCAGACAAUCCUGCACGGGAAAUUCUGAACAGAAAUUCUUGCACAUAAUUUUACAAAUAUACUCGCAUUGUAAAGUUUCAUUGUACGAUACCUUUCGACUUUGAAGUAAGUUUCCAAUAGUUGAGACGUUGGUUUAGUUGUAUGAUAAAUUUCUGAUCGAUACAUGCAUUGCUAUUCAGCAAGUAGCAACGCGUAGCGUUGAAAUUCAUCAGACCAUGGCAUGCAAGUACAACAUCUCUCGCUUCAAAUUGAUCAAACGCUUCGCAAUCUUCACAUAUUCAGGUCGAGAAUCUUCAAAACUACUUUGGCUCUCUGUUUAGCGGGUUUUCCAUUUCAAAUUUCGUAAUUUAUAGAAAAAGUCCCUGUAUUUUCGCUGUAUAUUUUCGCGAAUUUGCGAUCAAAUUCUGUUCACAUAUGUUGUUGUUUUCAAUAGCGUGGAGUAGCGAUUCUCCAAUUGGUAAAUUCACGAUUGUUGUGAGAACUGCACAUUUCAUCAGUAAUUUUAAUCAAGUUAACCGUCGUUUCACUGUAGUAAUUUUAUAAAACAAUUACCAAAUGGUUUUCCCGUGCAGGAUAGCAUGAUCCAAGCACUUGGGAUGUUGCCCGACUUUCGGAAAGCGUAAAAAUACACUCGCCUACGGCUCGUGUAUUUUUACGCUUUCCGAAAGUCUCGCAACAUCCCGCGUGCAUGCAUGGAUCACGCAAUCCUGCACGGAAAACCAUUCGUUAUUCCUUUAAUGAGGUGACACCGAGAUGGCUGCCACAAGUCUGAUUGCCAAUGACUUAAAGGAUUCUAAAACUCAGCAGAAGAGAUGUGGGAAGCUAUAUCAUUCAAGUUGCAUAGGAAAAUAUAUUUUCUUGCUGGUGUAGCCAGUUUUUGGAACAAGUCACAAUCUGAUUUGCAGAGAUUUUGGCAGAUUUUAAAAUCUCAACUGAUUGAAUUGAACCUUUUCCAAUCCUAUAGUCUUCAUAUCAGUAGUUUCAGUUCGUAUAGGCUCGCCAUAUGCAGCAGCCCGUAAUCUUAGCUAUAUAUAAUAAUAAAUAUGUGUCCAAUUCAUGUAAGUGAAAGUUAUUUACACCUUUUUUUAUAAUUUCUGUUUAGGCAAAAGUGGAUACGUUAAAUCAAGAUAUUGCAUACACCCUGCAAAAUUCUGUUUUGGAAGCGGCCAGGUAGUACAUGUCCCUUUUAAUCCCCCGUUUCAGAGAGCACCAAAAGUAAUGAUUGGCUUAACGCUGGUUGACACUCACAAAGAUCAAAAUGUCCGCGUUCGUGCUUCAGUGGAAAAUGUAACCAGUACUGGAUUCAAAAUCAGAUUCUCUCCAUGGGAUGUAUCUAUCACGUAUCAACUUGGUGUCAACUGGAUGGCAUGUCCAUGAACGUGUACAGCACGUGAAUAUGUUAAUACACCCGCUUCUGGGAUAAUGAUUUAUUUAAAGUCGAAAAACGCAGGAAGUGGUCGCUCAAUCUUCCGAGCCAGAGGCUCAUGUUAAAAGCGCUCGACAUUAACUAUUACAAGUUAUUAUUAUAUACAGAAAAACCAUAGGAUAUUAGAAUUAUUAAUAGAUAGCUACAAUAUAAGAAUAGUUCAAAAUUACGUAUAGUUUAAGAUAGACAUCUAUUACAAGUGCAGCCUUUCUUAAUGUCCUCUAGCAUCAAGCUUUUUAACAUUGCCUGAAAAUGGCUGCCUGUUGUUGCACAUUUAAUGUUUUGUGGGAGUUUAUUCCACACAUGACUGAUUGUAUAGGUAAAAGAGUUAUGAUGAAAUAAAUUGUUAUAAACCUGUUG